ACAGUUUCAGGUUCCAUAUUCAUCUUGAGAAAGUGUACACUCUAGCUUUCUUUAGCUACCUAUAAGUUAUAGACAUCAUACAAUAGAGAAGGCAACCACAGGUAUUAGAUAAUGAUAAGUGUAUGAACUGGUGAAAUGUUCUACAGGUGAAGGUUUGUGUAUCUACAUGAAUGGAUUCAAGGAAAGUGAAUGGAACCAAAGGAAGAGCUUAGCAAGUCACCUAAGCAGAGCCAAUGUGUCAUCACUGACAGAAAUUUACCCGCUCUGAGUGUGCCCAUUCUUGAAUGCAUCAAUCUGUCGCUCCAGCCUUUCCCUCUCUGCUUUCCACUCUGCCCUCUCUGCCUUCAGCUCCUCUUCCUUCUUCUCAAGCUUGUCCUCCUUCUUGUCGAUUUUCAUCUCCAGCUUUUCCCUCUCCUCCUUCCGCUCCUUCUCCAGCCUUUCCCUCUCCUCCUUCCGCUCCUUCUCCACUUUUCCCUCUCCUCCUUCCGCUCCUUCUCCAGCUUCUCCCUCUCCAACUUCCACUCCUCCUCCUUCUUGUCGAUUUUCAUCUCCAACUUUUCCCUCUCCAACUUCCACUCAUCCUCCUUCUUCUCCAUCUUCACCUCCAGCUUCACAAUAUUCUUCUCCAGCUUUGCCUUCUCUUCUUUUAUCUCAACCUCCCUUGGCUUCUGACCAAAACUUGAAUGACCCUGUAUGGAGCUAGAGUGAAAUGAGUCAGGGCUUUGAGGCGGGUGCAUGUCCGUCAGAUCCAUGGUCCUGGACUCGUAGGAUUGAG